ACCCGACAAUACUAAAUUCAGAAUCGAAAUGCACCCAUCUUAUGUCGAUAACAGAAAUUGCCCCCUGGUGCAUGUACCUAGUAAAUUUGCCAAGCAAUUUUUGAAAAGACAAAGUCAGACUGCGACCCUUAGAACUCCAGAUAGGAAAUUCUGGGAUGUCAAGUGUGUUGUUUAUAAUGGUUCUGCUAAAUAUGCAGCUACUUUCCGAAAGGGAUGGAAAGAAUUCAGGCUGCACAAUGAUUUGAAGGAAGGUGACAUUUGCGACUUUGAACUAGUUGACAAGGAUAAUCUUGGCAUGGAUGUUACCUUUUCCCAAGUAUAGAUCCGCAUUAGCUAAUUAGACCUAUCCACUAGAUGUGGUUUAAUUUCAUUUCUUUUGGGUACUAUAUAUUGUACUUUUUAUUAUCGGAAUUUCUGAUGUUACUGGACUGUCAAUAGAUAUAUCAAUGGAUUUUGUAGUCUCUUAACU